GUGAGCGAGUGCAAUUCUGUCGGCAGCAUUUGUUGAUAAUCAUGGUUUGGAGGUGAUGUUUAACCAAUAUUUUGCUCUCAAUGAGUAAUUGCUGCAAAUCCGCUCUUUACGAUGACUGUAGAAGAUGAACUCGAAAUCCCAAAGGGCGGAGCGGUUUUCACCUUCGGCAAAAGUCGCUUCGCUGACAACGCGCCGUCGAAAUUUUGGAUUAAAAAUGACGAGAUCGCUGGCAUCAGCUGCGGCGAUGAGCACACCGCCGUGCUGACAGCCCUGAAGCCUCAUCGCGUGGUCCUGGUGGCUUGUGGACGCGCGCAUACCAUCGCAGCUACGGAGACAGGUGGUAUCUACAGCUGGGGCCACAAUGAUGAGGGCCAGUUGGGCACAGGAGAUACGGAGGACAGAGACACACCACAGCUGGUGCUGUCCCUCCACGCGCCACCUGCAGCCAUAGCAGCCGGUAGCGCUCACUCGGUCCUAGUCACAGCGGUCGGAGCGCUGCUGACGUUCGGCGAGGCGGCGGACGGGAAGCUGGGACGGGAGAUUCAGCAGUCCCUGCAGACGCCCCAGCAAGUCCCAGGACUCGUGCAGCGCGCGUCCCGCGUGGCUGCUGGGGGCAAACACUCCCUCAUACUCACUGGUGGGUCGUGGGAAGUGGGUCGUGGGUAG